AUGCCGGCGCUCCGGCUUCUAGGGCGCAAGUGGCUGGCAGCCUCCGAUGAUCUUGUGUUUCCGAGCAUCUUCGAACUUCUCUUCCGAUUCGUCUGGUUGGUGCUCAUUGCUCUGGUGGUGGAAGUCUUGUAUCCAAUAACAUGGCAAUGCGAAACCGACGGGUGGCAUGGGGGAGCCUUCGUGAGACUCUAUCUGUGCGGCACGCUGGCCCUACAAGCGUGUUUAAUGCUGCUCCUAGCAGCACUGGCGCAGCAGUCAGCGAGAGGAACUAUUACGGAUACAGAUUCGAGAAAAUUGGUUGCACCGUUACUGCUGCUAAAAGUAUUUUUGGUUUUACCAGAAGUUGGUUUAAACGUGAUGGGUACUAUGUGGAUGUUCUGCGAGGUCGUCAAAUGUACAGUCACCGAUAAAUUCUCUAGUAUUGUAAUACAAAGUAUAGUACUGUUUAAUUGGGUCCAACUGGGACUUACGGUGUUCGGACUGUUCAUGGUGUUUGAUCCGUUAGGAUCAGUCAAUUAUGGUGACAUUCAAGAUACUCCGAACCAGGUCAGGCAUCAUAGGAAAGUUACCGGCUUAUGGUCGAGAAGGUUUCGUUGGGCAUUCUGCUGGUUGAAGAGAGAUGAACACGGAAAAGAGGCCUUCCAACAGGUCGCAGCACUCCUGAGUGCUUUAUUCAGGUCAACGGACUUGGUGCCGUCAGAUGUGGUUGCUGGUUGCGUUCUCCUCAGGGUGCGUCAGAAACGAGAGACGAGGGAGAUGCGUAGGAUACAAAUGUUGAAUGACGAGGAACCGAUUUAUACGACCGAUGUCAACAAAAUAUUCUCGGAAACUCCUCCUUGGAUGAACUUAGAGGAUGCUCUGCAUUAUCUUCGACUGUCGAUAGCGGCGUACGGCUGGCCUUACGUAUUGUAUCGCCAUUGUUUCACUGGGUUCUGUAAAUUAGCCAGUCAUUUGACCUGUUGCUGUUGCAGGCCAAAGAAUUCUAUAGUGACUGACGACAAUUGUUGUCUGUGCCACUUCGCUGGAGUCAAAUACAUGUCAAAACUCUCAGCAGAUGACAUCAUCUUCGCAUCAUUCAACAACCGCGUCUUUGAACUACCGUUUUGUGUGAUAGCUGAUCACGAUCGAGAAAGCAUAGUAGUGGCUGUUCGAGGCUCAAUAUCUUUGAGAGAUAUUUUCACAGAUUUCUCCGCCGGUUCCGAAAGAUUCGAGGCUGAUGGUCUACCAGAAGAUACAGCAGCCCACAAAGGCAUGUCUAUGGGAGCCGCUAAAAUGCUGCGUCGUCUUCUGCCAGUACUUGAUAGAUCAUUCCAACAAUUUCCACAGUACGAUCUUGUUUUAACAGGUCAUAGCUUAGGAGCCGGUGUAGCAGUAUUAGUAGCAUUAAAGUUAAGACCCAAGUAUCCACAUCUGAAGGUGUUCGCGUUUUCAACACCAGCGGGUCUGAUAAGUCGUGAAGCGGCACGUUUCACUGAGAGCUUCGUGUUGAGCAUCGGCGUGGGAGACGACCUUGUGAUGAGGCUUAGCGUGCACAGCAUCGAGAACCUGCGCACGAAGGUCAUACAGACCAUACACGCGACCAAGCUACCCAAGUACCGUAUAAUGCUGAACGGUUUCGGCUACGCGUUGUUCGGUGUGCCAGCCAGAGACCUGGAAUCCACUUGGAGGCGGCCCGAAGACCUGGAAGCAAAUAACUCAGAUGAUUCCGACGCGCUGCUAGUACAGGGCGUGUCCACCGUGAGUGCUGAAGCAGCUCUGGUAUCUCGUAACGUAUUCGCUCGAAGGUUCUCAUCAGCUCGAUUAUUCACCGCUGGUCGGAUACUUCACAUUGUUCGACGCAAGCGCAUGGGAAUAGAAAACGAAGGGGAUGAGGAACGGAAAGUGCGCACACAAGAACCAACUUACGAGAUGAGGUGGGCGUGUCCCGAGGACUUCAUGGAACUGCAAGUGAUGCCGAGAAUGCUUUUGGACCAUCUACCAGAAAACGUCCAUCGUACGAUACAGACGGUGAUAGAAGAAAAACAUUCGUACAGAGUGACCCAGGUAGUGUAA